UGAUUGCGCUUUCCACCAACUUCAUUUCGAUUUUGGCUGUCUUUUUUUCGUCUUUGUAUUUUAUGGUGUAAUAUUAUGUCUAAAUAGUGUUAAUGGUUCCAAAUAGUGUUAAUGUUUUUGCUUGAAAUUUCACAAAGAAGCGCUUUUUCAAAACGAUCCAUCGGCGGAUUAUUCAUUAAGUUAAAAAGCCUAAGCGAUACGUAAAAUUCUAGUUUUUAUAGUCAUUGCGCGAGUAACAAAAAAUGUCGGUCGCUUACAAUCAACCGCAACAAUCUCCAAGACCAUCACCGGCUGGCCCACCGAAUCGAGGACCACCGCCAAGUCCAGCACACAUUCAAAAAAUCCUGGAUGAGAAUUGCGGUUUAAUUCAGACGAUACAAGAAUUUCAGAAUUUGGGCAAAAUAAAUGAGUGCAUGUCGUACCACCAAGCCUUGCAUCGAAACCUUGUAUACUUAGCACAAUUAGCCGAUUCGACGCAAAACAUUUCUCAAAUACUUCCACCACCACACAUUUUACAAUCUGGACAAGGUCCAGCAAUGAUCGGAUCUGGCGGUAUGCCGGCUCAGCCUCCAGGAGUUCAACAACAUCACGGCCCAGGUCAUAGUACGGAUGGUCCACCACCAAAUCAACAGCAGCAACAACAACAACAUAACAUGCCUCCGACAAGUGCUCAACCACAACCAAAUCCAUCAUCGGUGCAGCAAGCUCCGCCCUCUCAACAAACCGGCUACAAUCCGACCCAGCAAGCUCAAACAGCUCCGUCUGGUCCACAACAGCAACAACAACAUAAUAUGACUCCGACAAAUGCUCAACCACAACCAAAUCCAUCACCCGUGCAGCAAGCACCACCUUCUCAACAAUCCGGCUAUAAUCGUGCUCCACCGCCUCAGCAGCCUCAAGCGGUUCAGCAGCAACAAUUGCCGCCUCAGCAGCGUCCAGGCAAUCCGUCAGGCCCACAACAACAACAGCAACAGCCUGCUGGUCCUCAACCAUAUAGAUAUCCACAGCAUGGACAUCCUGGUGCAUAUCCGUAUCCUCCGCAAGGACAACCGUAUCAACAAUAUCCAGGAAUGCCGCCAUAUGGUCCACCGCCACAAGGAUAUCCUCCGAAUUCAGCACCUCCACCUGCUGCUUAUCCCAAUCCCAAUUCUCAACAUCAAGGACCUGCGCCUGGUUACCCACCGCCACACGGUCAACAGACGUCACAAUCUCAAAUUCAAAUGUAUGGUCCGCCUUCUGGAAACCAAGCUCCUGGUCAAUAUCCACCUCAAGGAUCAAACGUUCCACCUCCGCCUAUGGCUUACGGAUACGGCAGUCCAAGCCCUGGACCGAAUAACUAUGGCCAAACAGCGAACCAACAGCCAGCACAAGGAUCAUAUUCUCAGCCAGUACAACAAAACUAUCCUCCUCAACAAUAUCAACCGCCUGGAGGUUAUCCGCCAGCACAAACAUCAAAUCCAAGUCCCGGACCACCACAACCGAACGCUCCAACAAAUGCAAGUUACAACAAUAGUCAACCCAGUCCAGCGCCAUCGCCCAAUUCCAACGGAAACCCUCCGCCGAAUUCUCACUCAAAUUUGCCAACACCGAACAGUCAACCAUAUGCACCUCCAGUUACUGGAACUUCCCAGCCACCAUAUGCAUCACCACCAGCAUCCGUCAAUCAAACAAACUACAAUGCUCAACAGCAGCCAUCCGCUAUUUCCGCACAACCUCAACAGCAACAACAACAACAGCAGCAGCAACAACAGCAACAGCAGCAGCAACAACAACAACAGCAACCAAGCACAGCGUCCAGUCCUCAACAUCCAACUGGAUAUCAGCCACCAGUUUCACAAUCGUAUCCACCGCCACCAGGCGGUCCUGGCGGUCCAUAUCCACCGCAAGGAACUCCAGGCCCUGGAAACUAUCCACAACACGGAUACCAUCAUCAAGGUUAUCCACCAAUGCCACAAGGACAAUACGCACCACAAGGAUACCAAUAUCGUCCAACAGGUCAAAUGCCUCCUGCCGGACCAGGACAAUAUGGAUAUGGUGGUGGUUAUCAGCCCCCACAAUAAAUGGUUGUGCGACACAAAAAAAAAUGGGAGAAAAUGAAGACAUUAUUUCAGCCCAGUUUUGCGAAGAAACAAUUAGUCUGGCGGUCACAUUUCAAAUGUUCUUACUUUUUAAAUGGAACGGAAUUGCAUGCAAAAUUGCCAAUUUUCGUCUAACUCAUAUCUCUGCAGUAUUUUUUUACAAUUCUUUUUCGAUUGAGAUAGAUGUAUUUUAUGUAUAAGGUUCGAGGUACAGAAUUUCCUCGAUUUUUUUUAGUGUUAAUCAUGAGUUAUACAAACAUUUUAAACGGACGAAGCGAUAUUUGUGAAUAAGCGUUACGCCUAAAAAUAAAUAAAUUAUAAAUUGAUGAAACGACGAAAUUCAGGCGCGACACUAUUUAGAUGUGAAAGUUUAUUUGUGAGAAUAAAGAUUUUAGUUCAAUAAAGCCUCUGCUGCAUUCAUUCAAAAUA